AUGACUAUUUCUCACAUAUCUGCGCACUGCGUCGAAAGUGGCACCAUCAAGACUGGAGUCUUCCUACGGCAUAACUUCAGAGCUAAACCAGAACUGGCGAAGCCCUCGAAGUCUGCCACGCCGACCAAGGCGGCAAAUGCUCCUACUCUGAUUUUCAAGAUCGUUCGACCGAUCGCGCCCAUCGAUACCUGUAGAUUACUGUGUGUAGUUCACGAAGACAAUGAUGAUAAUGUUGGUGGUCUCGAAGACGAGAAUAGUCUUGCUGCUCAAGCUCUGUGGAAGCGCGGUAGUGCGAGGGCUUUCGAAGCAGCUAUAGGCAGUAUGCAUCAGGUGCCGCUUAGUUUCAAUUCUUUGGGAUAUCCAUCGGGUUCUGAACUACUCCAAUCACGUCAAGACGAAACAGAUUUGAGAGACAUUGUCGUCAUGGAUAUUAAUCGAGUCCCCAUGAAAUACACUCCCUACGUGACUGAGCUUAUCGUCGAGUUGCAGACAAUCGAGAUGUUCAUCAUGUCCAUGAGCGACCGUGACACCAAGUAUGGCGCCGCAAAGCUCUCGCAGACUGCGGAUGGUUGCCAAGCGAGCUCAUAA